CAUCAACCCCCUCCAAAACCUCUAGCCUUUGCGCUGAAUUGCAGAAACACCAAAAUAAAUACCUCACUUCUCUGACUGUACCUAUCUCUACACACAUGAAUACCCAAAUAUCUCUUUAGCCAUGACUAGUCUUCAACCUCGCCCUCCAUACUCCACCGAGGAGCUCAAAGCUUUGUACCCGGAAAGUCUAGAGCUUCAACUUGUUCAAGUGCUGUUACGCCAUGGAGAACGCUCACCAGUUUCUGCCCGUUUCCAGAAUGCCGGUCUGCAUGCUCAUGUAUGCCUCUCCCCUUCCACUCUAUCUGCGCGCUACCUUCAUGCAAUAUUCCGAUAUGCUAAUGUUGCACCUAGUGGCCCUACUGUGCAGUUGCAAGGCAGAUGAUCAGCGCGACCCAAGACGGAAUCGAAUGGACACCACUCACAUGGCGGAGAAGGUUAGAGACAUUUGGAUCAGACGAUGGCCCCGUUAUCUCUGCAGGACCUCGUGGAGAAGUUGACAACAUUUGCUUCCUUGGGGAAUUGACCGACAAGGGACGAGAAACGACAUAUGCACUUGGAAAACGUUUGCGCCAUCUGUACGUUGAUCAAUUGGGUUACAUGCCCUCCACCAUACAAGAUGCAGAUAUGAUUUAUCUCCGAUCAACUCCUAUCCCGAGAGCUCUCGAAUCUUUGCAGCAAGCCUUCUGGGGAAUGUACCCAGCCAAACAUCGGUCACCUAACCUCCCUCCUGUCACUAUUGUUACAAGAUCGCAUGAAGACGAGACAUUGUUCCCGAAUGAUUACAAUUGCCGAAGAUUUGCACAACUGAGCCGAGCAUUUGCUCAGAGAACCUCGGAUCGAUGGAACAAGUCGGACGAGAUGGAGUAUCUGAAUAAGAUGAUUGGCAAAUGGAUGCCUGAAGAUAGUAAAAGAAUUGCCGUAGACUCUCAUCCCAGAAUUUCCGGUAUUAUGGAUACGAUGAACAGUACACUUGCACACGGACCAGAAACCAGGCUACCAAAGGAAUUCUACGACGAGAAAGGAAGAGCCAUCCUUGAGAAGAUUGGUGUGGAGGAAUGGUUCAGUGGUUACCAAGAGUCCAAAGAGUACCGCCAGCUUGGAAUUGGUGGUCUGAUGGGAGACAUUGUCUCUCGCAUGGCUAAUAGCGUGGAAGGUAACAGUAAUGAUGGCCACCUGGCGAUUGGAGGUAAAGACGGUUCCUUGGGCAAUGGCAGAGGAGGGGAGAAAGCAAUUAAGCUUGCUCUCAGUGGCUGCCACGACACAACUUUGGCUGCUGUCCUUGCAAGUCUUGGAGCACUUCAGGGAGACGCUUGGCCACCAUAUACAAGUCACGUUGCGCUGGAACUGUUCAAGAAGCAGAAAGAAGAUGCGACUCCACCCACAAUCCCAACUGCAUCCAAACCUGUCAGCACCGAGCCAGGAUGGUUUGCUAAGAUAUUUGGCUCUUCAGCUCCCACCAACCCAAAUCUCGGAAUCGCUAGGAAGAAGAUGGAAGACCUCGAUCAGUCCGAAAAAUCAAAGUUGGAUGGCUAUUUCGUGAGGGUAAGAUACAACGACCAGGUCAUGAAGAUUCCCGGAUGUAAACCGGUCGGAAAGCACUUGGAUGGCGAUGAGUCUUUCUGUACUUUGUAAGUCUUGCCAUAAACUAAACCCCCGCCCAUAUCUAGAUACUAACAGCCAUAGAACCGCAUUCAAAACAAUUGUCGAUAAAUUUACUCCUGUACAUUGGAAACAAGCUUGCUUGAAUAACUUGGAUGCGCCGGUAGCAUUUCCUGAAAACGAGCCUGCUGGAUACUAGAUCAUUGCAUAGAGCAUGGAGCUUUGGCGUAUAGACUGUA